AUGCCACACCCCAGCCCCAUUUCGAACCGCGAGGAUACUACUCAGUCUCAUCCGACUGUCGCCGGCCCGUCCGUGAUGUCGCCCUUACCGCAGCGACCCCGACAAUCCAGCGAAAACCCGACUUAUCGACAACAAUCGACGCAAGACCUGGGCCAGCACCAGAAAGCCGGAGGUACAGCAUCACAUGGGAUUUUUCCUCAACCAGAUCCCAUGACCACAGACGAGCUUAUAACGAUCUAUGUACAGUUGAUGAGGGUGGAGAGCAAGUGCAAGGAAAUCCGUGAGGCCGAGUCUGACUCCCGUGCGCCCUUCGACAACAAGAAGUGGCAGGGCCUAGUCAACCUUCACCAAAUCCUCGUCCAAGAGCAUCACGAAUUCUUCAGGGCGUCCCAGCACCUUACCACCAGCCACGUGCUGCGACGGCUGCCGGAGAUUCACGCCACGCCCAUGCGCCUGUGGCGGUACAGCAUUCACUCGUUCCUAGAGCUCCUCCGACAUCGUCUGCCUGACUCCUGUGAGCAUAUGCUAAGUUAUAUCAAUUUUGCCUAUUUCAUGAUGACUCUACUUCGGGAGACCGUCCCGAGGUAUCAAAGUACGUGGGCGGAGGCGCUGGGGAAUUUAUCUGAAUAUUGCAUGAAGCUCGAGAUAUUCGAUGUGGAAGAGCGAGAAGUUUGGACUAAGGCUGCGAGGUCUUGGUACACCAACGCUGCGGAUAUGAAUCCGGAUGUCGGCCGAAUCCAAUACCACCUGGCCAUCCUUGCCUGA